AUGGUUGCUCCUUUUGUUUUUCCUGAAGUUGAAUGGGAUUUUAGACUAGAACAGAUUCGUUCGAUUAAUACAAGUGGUCAUAAAUAUGGUCUCGUACUACCAUGUUUAGGUUGGGUUAUUUGGCGACGUAAUGAAGAUCUUCCUGAAGAUUUCAUCUUUCAUGUUAAUUACUUGGGUGUUGAUGAACCAACAUAUAAUCUUAAUUUUUCACAUUCUGCUGCCAAUGUAAUUGCACAAUAUUAUCAAUUUCUUCGAUUAGGCGUUGACGGUUACGAAUGA